CUUUGGGAAGUAAAUAAAUUACUUCCUAAUGCCAACCUUUGAAGUGCGAAUAGGCGUCUCCUGAACCAGUCACCCAAUCAGCUUUCUCGGGUCUCUAAGACAAAGAAGAAGACUUAUUUGGUCCUCAGUCAAGUAAAGGACAAAGCUGCAGCACACGGGGUCAAAAUACCUACAUCUCUAUAAGCAGGAUAACGACAACGGGAUAGGUGAAGAUGGCGCAAUCAAUUUUUUGGCUGCUGUUUGUUUCGUGUAGAAUCAAUCCUGGAUACGCUUGGUAAGACAUGUAUACACUAGUUGCAUGCAUGCUUUAAAAUAAGUGAACAGAAGACAGAAUUAUAUGACUUUUAUUAUUAUUAUUAUCAUUAUUAUUAUUGUUCUCAGGGUCGCAAGCAAUUUUCUGAUGACGGGGUCAAAGGACUAUCUCACCUACGCAAAGAGCGUGCAGGUGGGCACACAGAUUGGCGUCCAGGAGUGCAAACGCCAGUUUGCCUGGGAUAGAUGGAACUGCCCCGACAGCGCAACCCAGCUUAAAGGACUGAAACGAGCCACCAGAGAAACGGCUUUCGUUCAUGCUAUCAGUUCAGCAGGGGUCAUGUACACUCUGACCAGGAACUGCAGUCUUGGUGAACUCGAAAACUGUGGCUGCGAUGGUUCAAAGAACGGAAAGCUUGGCGGUCGCGGAUGGUUGUGGGGUGGCUGCAGUGCUAACGUGGAGUUUGGAGAGAGGAUUUCCAAAGAGUACGUGGAUGCGGAAGAGACGGGUCAGGACUCUAGGGCUGCUGUCAACCUCCACAACAACGCGGCUGGCCGAUUGGCCGUGAAAGACACAAUGACGCGUAUCUGCAGAUGCCACGGAAUGUCUGAGAGUUGCAGUGUCAAAACCUGCUGGACACAGCUGUCCGAUUUCAGAGCCGUGGGCAAUUACUUGAGGAUCAAGUACAGUCACGCUGAAAAGCUGGACAUCGACCAAAAGCGCAUGAACGCCGGUAACAGCGCGGAUAUCCAAGGUGCCAUCAUGGACGCGCUCGGCAGCAUCGCACAGUCAGAGCUCAUCUACCUACAGGACUCUCCAGACUACUGCAGGAAGAACGCCAGCUUGGGGGCGCACGGCACGGAGGGCAGGGAGUGUCUGCUGCACGGACAGGGCUUGACGCAAGGGGAAAGAAGGAGCUGCCGCAGGCUGUGUCACGAAUGCGGCCUGAGAGUGGAAGAAAAGCGCACGGAGGUGAUGAGUAGCUGUAACUGCAAAUUCCACUGGUGCUGUAAGGUGCACUGCGAGGACUGCGCCCACGUUACAGUCAAACACGUGUGCGGCAGGAAGGACGGUGGGGAUGGAAAACGAAGAGAUCGUGGACCCAAAUGAAAACGACUGCGUUUAUGGAAUUGUCUGUUUGCACUUUCCCCCCUCUUUCGUCUAUAAUAUCCUGGUGUCUAUUUAUUAAGAAUGCUGUAAUUAAAAUAAAAAUGUAAAAAAAAUAACUUCUAAAUAUUUGUAUCUACAAUUUCAGUUUUUCUCUAGAAGAGGGCCACCAGAGUUUCUGACACGGCGCACGCACAUAAUAAGAAUCAACUGCAUGCAUUUU